AUGGAUCUACAGAUUCAAAAGCACCUUGACGAGGAGGGGUGGUACUUAAGCCAACUGGGCGACUUUGUCAAGCUUCCAGUCGAAAUCCGAUGGAUGAUCUGGGAGGAUCUUUUUCAAAAUAUCCAUAGCAUUACCCGGACUACGAAGUCUCACAACGGAAGACUUCUCGGCAUCCUGGGAUGCAGCCGAAUUUUAUACCACGAGAUCACUCACCUGCUAUACAAAGGCAUACAGCAUGGAAUCCAGAUCUGUGAUGAUGAACCAAUGUGGCUCGUUGCCCUGUCUUCCAAAUAUGUAUACGCCACAUGGGCCGUCGGCACCGUGGAAGCUAUGUCCAGACACAUUCGAAAUUUCCCCCAUGAAAGGGUCGAAGAGAAGAGCAUCAGUAUCAAAGUCGCAGGCCCGGACAUCAGUGAAGGGGAUUAUAUGGGAUAUCUUCGUGGUAUUGGCCAACUUUUGUACCGGGCCGUAAACCUGUUUGAUAUUUUGACACGCGUCGGACCCCCUCGAGAUGUGAUGCAGCAUGUGCAUAUUGAUGUCACAGGAGAAUGGUGGCAUUUGAGAUGCAAAAGUUGUACCGACUACCGCCAAGCUCGGAUUGAGGACAUUGUCAAUCCAUUUACUUCAUUCCGGAGCUACGAUAUCAUUGGACCUGAGCAUAUAAAGUCUUACCUCGAGCCACGGCUUCCACUUCCCAAAUUUAGCUUUUCGGACUUUCCUUAUCCUUGGAAUACUUUGGGUGAAACGGAUCCAGAACGUUCAUGA